AAUGAGCAGUCUUCAUUUUGGAUUUAGAAUACAUGUAUCAUUUUGCAUUUGAAUGUAAUAAGUUACAUGAGUACAGCAUACAAAGUAAAAUAUUUUUUGAAUUAUGUGUUCAUGAGAAUGAAAAGCAGUCUAUAUUGGUGAGUAUACUGUAUAUGUGGGGAAAUCUAUUACUGAAUCAACAAGUCAAGGAAUUAUCCAUUUAGGUUGUCUGUUCUUUGUGAUUUCAUCAAUUUAACUUAUAUGAAAGCUAUAGUAGGAAGAUUUGCUCCUCUUCUUCAAACAUUGACAGCACAUCUUUACCAACUCCCAGGACCAUGGAAAACUCUACUCACUUUAAGGUCUUUAGGCUUGCUGCAUACGGUGAUAUCGGACAAUUGAAGUAUUGCUACUUUGCUGUAGUAACUGUUUUAUAUUUUGCCAUCAUUCUUGCCAAUACUUUACUUAUUGGAGUUAUCUGCAUUGAAAGAAGCCUUCAUGAACCCAUGUAUCUGUUUCUAUGUGCUUUGUUUGUUAAUCAGUUGUAUGGGAGCACUGGUUUGUUUCCUGCUCUCAUGUUUUACUUGCUGUCUGACACACAAGAUAUUUCCCUUCUUUAUUGUUGUCUCCAGGUUUAUGUGUUGUACACAUAUGCUCUAACAGAAUUUAGUAAUUUAGCAGUUAUGUCCUAUGACAGGUACAUCUCUAUUUGUUAUCCUCUACAGUAUAACAAUAUUAUGACACCUAAAAUAAUUUGUGGCUUAAUUCUGCUGUCGUGCUCGUCUUCUUCUUUUCUCAACGCCAUCAAUAUCUCCCUGAGUUUGCGACUGCAAUUUUGUGGUAACGUUCUAGACAGACUGUAUUGUGACAACUACUCAGUAGUCAAGCUUGCCUGUUCAAAUACUACGCUGACUAACAUAUGGGGUCUUGUUGUCACUGUGGUUUAUCUUUAUUGUACUAUAUUUCCUACCAUAUACUCAUAUGUAAGAAUUCUACAAAUAUGUUUAAAGUCUUCAAAAGAGACAAAACAGAAAGCAUUUAACACCUGCACACCACAUAUAGCCUCUUUGCUGAACUUCUUAUUUGGCUGUUUAUUUGUGAUUCUACAAGGCAGAUAUGAUACUGCACAUCUUCCACCUAUACUUCGCACUAUUUUAUUAGUUUAUUUUCUGAUAUGUCCACCACUUUUCAAUCCUUUAAUGUAUGGUGUUAGGAUGGUUAAAAUCAGGCAGGCUUGUAAAAAGGUACUAGGACUUUACCCUAAAAAAUAACCUGAUAGUUCCUUUUUCUCAUGUUGAAUUAUGUUCUCUUACUUAUAGUUGCUAUAAUUGAAUGUAAAAAUCACAUCAAGUUUAUCAUGUAUUGUAACUGAGAAUGUUUUGUGUCAUAUUAGCUAGUUAACUGCAUAACUACAGAGCAUCAAGGGGAGCUACCCUCCCUACCUUCAGACUAUAUUCAAACAGAUGCUGAGUGGGAUCUUUGGGAAGACCCUACACCCAAAACCAUUCUGCCAGAUCUGGACUGUUGGCCCACCUAACUUCAGGACAGCUGUGUCCCUGCCCAUCUUCCUAAAAUGUUUGUCAUCUUGAAUUGUUUCAGUUUUCAAGUUAAUUUCCUACAGUUCUACACAUUUUGCCAUGAGGCAGAAAUAAAGGGAAUCUCUCACAAAGGUUGUAUAUUGCAGUUUUUUUCUGCAAUGUAUAUGUAAUGAGUGCUUACUUAUUCUGGCAGUGAUGGCUUAUGACCGGCAUGUCUUCAUUUUUAUUUUAUUCCAUAACCAUUUUCUCUCACUUAGCAAUUGUUAAACUCUCCUGUGUUGAAAGUGCACUGAGUAACCUGUAUGGUAUAUGUAUCAUAGCAAGUCUAAUGGUUUUAAUCUCUGUGUUAGUUGUGCUCUCAUAUACUUGUUUGCUUGAAAGCAUCAAAGGAGUCACAAAAGUAGGCUUUUAAUACAUGUGCUCCCCACUUGAUCACUUUCAUAAACUUCUCUACAACCAUCCUUUUUUUCUGUUGUUUACAGUAACCAGAGAUAUCAGUAUAGUUUAGCCAUGGGGGAAAGAUAUUCUAUGUCCGCACUACAGAAGGCUAUAUUGGUCCGCUAAUGCAGGACAGUAAAGGCCUAGUGUGCUACUUUUGUGAGAAAAAAAGUAAUCCAAAAAUAUGAAUAUGAAUAUUUAUUCAUUCAGAUUUUUCAGGGGGUGCUGCAUCACCCUCAGCACCCCUACUUCCUGUGGCUAUGUUCUGUUCCCACCACUGUUGCACCCUAUCAUAUAGGGAUGAGAACCAAGGAGAUCAGAAAUCUGAACCUAAACUGGUACCAAUUAUGACUUUAGAUGGUACAGUAGCAGGGCCAGGGUUACUGGUUUGAAUCCCAGGAAUGACAGGAAUAUCUGUCAAGAUGUGAGCUGCCAGAACGGUAUGCUUAUACUGUACAUUUGAUUUUCAUCAUCAACAUAAUUGUUUGUAUUGCAUUUUAUUUCUGUAAAUGUAUUUUACUGUCAGAGUACUGUAAAGCACUGUAGUAAAGUCAAGUCAGGGAUGCUGCUGUGGCUCUGACCCUAUGUUCUUCUAGAAUGUCAGUGGAUAUGUACUGUAUGUGUGUUUCAGGGGGGUUGGGGAAAAGGCAAAAUGAUGUAAGGUUCCAAUAAGUUCUGUUUCCACAAAUGGACAGUAAAGUAUUCCUCUAGUAGUGAAAGAUCUAUAGACUUAGAUCAACAUCACAACAGUGUGUCUGUCCCAUUAUGGCAUCUGCGAGAGCACUGGAAGCACCAUUGAGGCAAUCUCCAAUUUAAAAUAGCCCAUUUUCUUCUACUACUUCUACGAGUUUUCAAACAAACUGGAAGGGUGCAUACUGCCACCUGGACAGUGUUUUUUUUAACAGGUAUAAAGCCAAGGUUGGCUAUUAACUGCCACCUGCAGUUAUGGAAAGUUUGCUCAUAAGUAUAAUUCAUUGGCUGAUCCCCCAGUUACUACUUCAAAAUGGUGAAGCUCCUCAAUGCCCAGCCCAUGCUAAAACUGGCUUUUGGACCGGUCACUGAGCUAAAGAUGGAUCAGCCCAUCCGGCAUUUGCCCUAACUACCUGGCUCGUCUGUUUCUGCUUAAUUCUUAAAUAUAUGUUCACACUGUCAUUUAAGCGCAGGUGUUGUUUAAUACCACUAUCCAAUGAUAAUGUCCCUGAGAGGAAAAGCUUGUGAGUUGUGUUCGUUUUAACAUAGAGAACCGCAUACAGCAUAAUAUUCUAAGUGAGUGGUUCCCGCACAAGGUGUCGGCACUACCCCCCCCCAAAAAAACUGGGUAGUGCAUCAGCAGUUCCUCUUGUUUUGUUAGUCAUUGCAUACCUUAGAGAGCUAUUUAGAACUUGUCAGAAAUGUACAGAUCAACUAGCCCAUGUCAGCUAAUGUAUUUGUAUUUAUUUUUUUGUCCAUAGAUAUUGUCGUAAUUGUUUAGUCACUCAAAUAUCACAUGAAUACACAUAAGACAUGGCAAAAUGUAUAGAAUUGCAAGAACAUUUGCUUUAAAAUGGCAACAUUUUCUUUGUACCCGAUGACAAAAUGUGUAGAAUUGCAGGAAAUAAUCAUUAAACUUGUAAAAUUCUCUCCGCCAACAAGAGAGGUGUCACGUUCUGACCUUUAUUUCCUUUGUUUUGUAUUUAUUAAGUAUGGUCAGGGCGUGAGUUGGGUGGGCAGUCUAUGUUUGUUUUUCUAUGUUUUGGGGUAUUUCUAUGUUUCGGCCUAGUAUGGUUCUCAAUCAGAGGCAGGUGUCAUUAGUUGUCUCUGAUUGAGAAUCAUACUUAGGUAGCCUGGGUUUCACUGUGUUUGUGGGUGAUUGUUCCUGUCUCUGUUUUUGCACCAGAUAGGACUGUUUAGGUUUUCCAUGUUUAUUGUUUUGUAGUGUUCAUGUGUACAUUUACGUAUUAAAAGAACCAUGGACACUUA